UUGAACCACACAAGUUUGGUCAUUUACCAGAUCAAAAAUCAGAUGUUUAAUUUUGAUAUAACUUUUAUUUAUAUGAAAACAAUUUUUCCAUUAAAAGCAGAUUUCUUGAACAAACUAUAUUAUUCUAUAAACAAACUAAACACUAAGGUCUUUUAUUUUGAGAAAACUGUCAAUUUAGACACUAAAUUCUAUGGUAGUUCAAUUGGGAUCUGACAUAUGUGUGGGGCUAAAAAAACAUGGCUGACAUAAAGUGGCAAAUUUUAAAAAUAACAUUGAUACCCUUGAUACCCUUUGUGCAUUUUUUCAAGAAGAGAAUGAUUAAUAUUAAUGAAAUUUGUUGUUGGGGACAAACAAAACCGAGUAAUCGUAAUUUUAUUGAAGGUGAAAGACUUUUGAAAGCAGGUCAUGUGAUUAAAUUUGGAAAAAAUCAAACUUUUUCCAGUGGUCUCGAGUAAAAUUAGAAAAAUUAUAUUUUAAAUAAUUACAAUUUAUAUAUGAACUGAUAAGACAAAUGUUGUGUAAAAUAAGGAUUUACCAAAUUGCAACUACAAUAAUUUUUGUUAGUAAUUCAAAAAAGGCACACUUUUGAAAUCGGAAAAAGAAAGUAUACAGCGCCAUGCUUUAUUUAAAAUUUUGAAUAACACAUUAUUCAAAAUAACUAACCUAAAACCUAAUCAAAACAUAGAAAUGUCAUUAAUGCGUGAAUUAUAAAUGUUGAGAAGCAUAAUUUUAUAAAAAUGGAUGCAAAUAAAAUUAAAAUAUUAAUUUGUGGUGAUGUGAAAGGUAACUUCCAAACAUUGUUUUCAAGAGUUGAAACACUUAAUAAAAAAGCUGGACCUUUUGAAAUGCUCUUAUGUGUUGGAGAUUUUUUUGGAGAUAAUUUUAAUGAAUUUAAACAAUAUCAAGCGGGAUUGAAGAAAGUACCUCUAUCUACUUACAUUUUAGGACCUGUUAGUCAGGAACAGGAACGAUAUUUUGAAGAUAUAAAUGGCUGUGAAAUUGCGCCUAAUAUUUCUUAUUUAGGGAAGCGUGGUUUAUUUUCACCAUCAACUGGUUUAAAAAUAGCAUAUUUAAGUGGUAUACAAAGUGAUUCUGAUGAAUAUGAAAAAUUUACAUUUCGUAAACAGGAUGCAAUGGCUUUAAAAGCAGCUUGUGUUCGAAGUCAGUGCUCAUUUCGAGGUGUUGAUAUAUUAUUAACAUCGCAAUGGCCAAAAUUUAUAACUAAUGGCGAUGACAAUGCUAAAGUAGAGUAUAAUGGAUCAGAUAUUAUAUCCUGGUUAGCAGUUCAUUUAAAACCGCGAUAUUUAAUAUCAGGUUUCGAAGACCACUAUUUCGAAAGAAAACCAUAUAGAAAUAAAAAUAAAUCAGGAGAUUCAAUGGAGAUAGCAACACGCUUUAUAGCACUAGCACCCGUUAAAAAAUCAUCUAAAGAAAAAUGGCUUUACGCAUUAAGUCUAACUCCAUUAGAACGAAUGAGAAUGACAGAAUUAUGUCAACGAACAACGGAUGAAACAGAUUCACCUUUCCCUGAUGAAUUGUUACGCGAAGAUAUUACAAAAGAAGUAAAAUUUGAUCAGUCCGAGAAUAAGCAAUAUUUUUAUGAUAUGAAUGCAUCCAUGGAUGAUACGAAACGAAAAAGAAAAGGGGCCAAUAAUCCAUUUAAAGAGAAACGUCCAAAACCUGAAUUCGAUCAAUCAAAAUGUUGGUUUUGUCUUGGCAGUCCGAAUGUGGAAAAACAUCUUGUAAUUAGUGUUGGAAAUGAAAUUUACUUAACUCUUGCUAAGGGUGGAUUAGUAUCUGAACACGUAUUAAUAUCCCCUAUUACACAUUUUCAAGCAACGGUUGGAUUAUCUGAAGAAUUUCUAAACGAAAUUGAACAAUUUAAAAAAAGUUUGGUAAAAUAUUUUGAUAGUAAGAAUGAAGUGCCCGUAUUUUUUGAAAGAAACUAUAAAACAUCCCAUUUACAAAUACAAGUUGUACCAAUUCCAAAGCAAGCAACAAGAGAAUUGAAAGAAAUUUUUAUAGAUGAAGCUAAUGGUCAUGGUAUACAAUUAGAAGAACUCCCAGAUAUAUCACAAUUGCAAACAGCCAUACCGAAAGGUGUUCCUUAUUUUAUGGUCGAAUUGCCGGAUAAAACUGUUUUAUACUCAAAAAUUCGCAAUAAUUUUCCGUUACAAUUUGGAAGGGAAGUAUUAACAAGCGGCCCAAUUUUAGACAUGCCAGAUCGAAUUGAGUGGCAAGAUUGUAAACUAAAUGAAACUGAAGAAAUUGCACUCGUUCAAAGAUUUCGAAAAAGUUUCGAACGCUACGAUUUUACGUUGCAAAGUUAAUGAUAAUUUUAUAAGAUUGUACUUGACAUCUAAACACUUAUAGCAUGAAGCGUAAAAUAUUUUUUAAAUACAUUGUAAAUAAAAAAAUUUAUAUUUGUAA